GGACCUGAUCCUAGAUCAUAAUGCAUCAGAUUACAUGGAGAGGGAGACCUGAUCCUAGAUCAUAAUGAAUCAGAUUACAUGGAGAGGGGGGACCUGAUCCUAGAUAAUAGUUAAUUAAAUUAAAUGGAGAGGGGGGACCUGAUCCUAUAUCAUAAUGAAUCAGAUUACAUGGAGAGGGGGACCUGAUCCUAGAUCAUAAUGAAUCAGAUUACAUGGAGAGGUGGGACCUGAUCCUAGAUCAUAAUGAAUCAGAUUACAUGGAGAGGGGGGACCUGAUCCUAGAUCAUAAUGAAUCAGAUUAGAUGGAGAGGGGGACCUGAUCCAAGAUCAUAAUGAAUCAGAUUACAUGGAGAGAAGGAGACCUGAUCCUAGAUCAUAAUGAAUCAGAUUACAGGGAGAGGAGGGACCUGAUCCUAGAUCAUAAUGAAUCAGAUUACAUGGAGAGGGGGGACCUGAUCCUAGAUCAUAAUGAAUCAGAUUACAUGGAGAGGGGACCUGAUCCAAGAUCAUAAUGAAUCAGAUUACAUGGAGAGGGGGGACCUGAUCCUAGAUCAUAAUGAAUCAGAUUACAUGGAGAGGGGGGACCUGAUCCUAGAUCAUAAUGAAUCAGAUUACAUGGAGAGGGGACCUGAUCCAAGAUCAUAAUGAAUCAGAUUACAUGGAGAGGGGGACCUGAUCCUAGGUCAUAAUGAAUCAGAUUACAUGGAGAGGAGGACCUGAUCCUAGAUCAGCACUUCAGCUCUGGGACACUACCUGUAUGAAACAGAACACACAGUUGUAAAUUCUAGUUACAGCAGGUGUUUACUGCCAUCUAGUGGAAGAUACCAAUAUAACACUUUAUUAUCAGGGUGGGGAGGCGGCUGAGCUGAAACUGAAAGUAAAGUUGUUCUUUUGUUCAGGAUCCAUUUUGAGACGACAGAGCAGAAAAGACUAUAUGGAGAUUAUUGAAAAAUAAAACCAAUCAAGCAGGAGAGACCAGCCUCCCCUGUUCCCAGCUGUGUGUCUAUGAAGAGUGAUAAGUCUAUGGAUCAACCUAUAGUGUUUAGAGAGGGAGACUUUUCUACUGAACAAAGAAACCAACAGGAGAGAUCAGAGUCAGAGAUUCUCAGUUGUCAGUCUUCCCAGAGUCAUCAAACAGACCUGGCCUCCAUAUUCAGUAUGCUUGAAGAUAAAAUUAUGACAUUUGUGAAGAACGAGCUGAAGAUGUUCAAGAGGAUUCUUAGUCCAGAAUUCCCAGAAGGCUUUGAGAGUCAGAAACAGGAAGUGGUGGACCCUGAAGAUGAGCAGCAGGAGAGCAGUGCCAGAGAGGGGGCUCUGAAGAUCACACUGCACAUCCUGAGGAAAAUGAACCAGAAGGAGCUUGCUGACACACUGGAGAAAUAUGAGCUCGCUGUGAUUUGCCAACGUGAACUCAAAUCUAAUCUAAAGAAGAAGUUUCAAUGUGUAUUUGAGGGGAUCGCUAAACAAGGAAACCCAACACUUCUCAAUAAGAUCUACACAGAGCUCUACAUCACAGAGGGUGGAACAGGAGAGGUCAAUAAUGAACAUGAGCUGAGACAGAUUGAGACAACAACCAGGAAACAAGCAAGACCAGAGACUGCAAUCAAAUGUAACGACAUCUUCAAACCCUUAACUGGACAAGACAAACCUAUCAGAACUGUGCUGACAAAGGGAGUCGCUGGCAUUGGAAAAACAGUCUCUGUGCAGAAGUUCAUUCUGGACUGGGCUGAAGGAAAAGCAAAUCAGGAUGUCCAAUUUGUAUUUUCAUUCCCUUUUCGGGAGCUGAAUUUGAUGAAAGGGGACAAACACACUUUCAUUGAACUUCUUAAUCACUUCUCAAUGGAAACUAAACAAUCAGGAAUCUCCAACUAUGACAAGUACAAAGUUCUGUUCAUCUUUGAUGGUCUGGAUGAGUGCAGACUGCCCCUAGACUUCCAGAAGAACAAGAUCUGUUGGGACGUCACAGAGUCAACCUCAGUGGAUGUUCUGCUGACAAAUCUCAUCAAGGGAAAUCUGCUUCCCUCUGCUCUCCUCUGGAUAACUACCCGACCUGCAGCAGCCAAUAAGAUCCCUUCAGGGUGUGUUGACCAGGUGACAGAGGUACGAGGGUUCAAUGACCCACAGAAGGAGGAGUACUUCAGGAAGAGAUUCAGUGAUGAGGACCUGGCCAGCAGAAUCAUCUCACACAUAAAGACAUCAAGGAGCCUCCACAUCAUGUGCCACAUUCCAGUCUUCUGUUGGAUUUCUGCAACAGUCCUUGAACACAUGCUGAAACAUAAGAGAGAAGAGAUGCCCAAGACUCUGACUGAGAUGUACACACACCUUGUGGUGUUUCAUACCAAACAGAAGAAUGAAAAGUAUUUUGAGAAAGAAGACACAGGUUCACACUGGAAUAAAGAGAGCAUUCUGUCACUGGGAAAACUGGCUUUUCAACAGCUUGUGAAUGGCAAUCUGAUUUUCUAUGAAGAAGACCUGAAGGAGGCUGGCAUUGAUGUCAAUGAAGCCUCAGUGUACUCAGGAUUGUGCACACAGCUCUUUAAAGAGGAAUGUGUGCUGUACCAGGACAAGGUGUACUGCUUUGUUCAUCUGAGCAUUCAGGAGUUUCUGGCUGCUGUAUAUGUGUUCCUCUCAUUCAUCAACAACAAUGAGAAUCUAAUGGAUGAACUGCAAACAACGUCCAGGAACUUUUCUGUGAGGAUCAAACAAAGGCGUAAAGUUACUUUCUACAAGAGUGCUGUGGAUAAAGCCUUACAAAGUGAGACGGGGAAACCUGGACCUUUUCCUCCGCUUCCUUCUGGGCCUCUCACUGGAGUCCAAUCAGAAGCACUUACGAGGUCUACUGACAAAGACAAGAAGCAGCUCACAGAGCCAUGAAGAAACAGUCAAGUACAUCAAGGAGAAGAUCAGGAAGAAUCUCUCUCCAGAGAGGAGCAUCAAUCUGUUCCACUGUCUGAAUGAACUGAAUGACCAUUCUCUAGUGGAGGAGAUCCAAAGCUACCUGAGAUCAGGAAGUUUCUCAGAAGACAAACUGUCACCUGCACAGUGGUCAGCUCUGGUCUUUGUGUUGCUGACUUCAGAAAAGGAGCUGGAUGUGUUUGACCUGAAGAAAUACUCCAGAUCAGAGGAAGGUCUUCUGAGGCUGCUGCCAGUGGUCAAAGCCUCCAGAGCUGUUCUGCUGUCAGGCUGUGGAGUCACAGAGGAAGGCUGUGCUUCUCUGGUCUCAGCUCUGAGGUCAAACCCCUCACACCUGAGAGAGCUGGAUCUGAGUAACAAUGACCUGAAGGAUUCAGGAGUGAAGCUGCUCUCUGCUGGACUGGGGAAUCCCCACUGUAAACUGGAGACUCUGAGGUCAGUAUUCCUGUA